AUGGACCAGGCCAUCAAGUUCGAGGAGACCGUCUGCCCCGCCAAGCUCGUGCUCUUCUACGACUGUCCGGAGAACGUCAUGGAGAGCCGCCUGCUCGAGCGAGGCAAGACGAGCGGCCGCGCCGACGACAACGCCGAGAGCAUCCGCAAGCGCUUCCGCACCUUUGUCGAGACGAGCAUGCCCGUGGUGGACUACUACGAGAAGCAGGGCCGCGUCGUCAAGCUCGAUGCUACCCCCCCGCCGCAGGAUGUCUACGCCAAGACGCGCGCGGAGCUCAGCAAGCGUCUUGGUAUGUAA